CCAAGCCGACCAAACCAAAAGACCUCGUUCAAUCCUCAACCUUUGACCUUCAGCCUUGCGAGCAACCAGCUACACCUUGUCGCCCGUCUCCUCGCAUAUUCGCUCUUUUCCCCCUAAAUACUUCCAUCAACACCCCCCAAACUCCUCGACUCUCAGUCACCGCGACUCGACCGACCGGAAAAAUCAUGGAGGAGGAGCGUCUUUGGAAGUUCAGGAAGCCCGAGUGGCUCAACAGCAUCUGGGCCCGGAACGCUGGCGUCUACGGUGCCGGAGCUCUGUUCUCCCUCGCCUUCUAUGUCAUGCUCGACUCCGCCGUCUGGUCCAAGUCGGCCAAGAACGGAUCCAACGUCCACGUCAAAUUCGUCGACUGGCUGCCGCUCAUCUUCUCCAGCCUCGGCAUGCUCAUCAUCAACUCGGUCGAGAAGCAGCGCCUCAGCGCCGACUCCUUCAGCUACAGCGGCUCCGGCGUCGCAUGGAAGGCCCGCGUCGUCUUGUUCCUCGGGUUCGCGGCCCUUGCCGGCGGCAUGGCCGGAGGCGUCACCGUCUUUGUGCUCAAGUUUGUGGUUCCCGGCGUCGGUAUGCCGGCCCUGAGCAUGGGCAUUGAGAAUCUCGUCAGCAACGCCCUGGUAGGCUUCAGCUCCGUCGUCUUGUGGAUUAGCCAAAACAUGGAGGACGAAUACUCCUACAACCUCUCACUGUAACUGACUUGGAGCCUGUAACUGCGCGCAAAAAAGGGGGAGAGCGAGUGUUGUCGGCGUAUGUCUUUGGAUCACGGGCGUAACUUGGGACUCUUGGGGCCGGUUUGGUUUUUCCUUGACUUGUUUUGUCCUU